GAUCAUGAACGACCUCUUUCUCAUCUGCACUCACUCCUAACAGAACAUUGACCAUCCGUCCUCGUUUGUACAAGCAACUCGCCUAGAGCCGUCUACGUAAACGUAAACUAGAAAUCAGCUCUCAUCGGUAUCUGUACCCUUCUCCUUGCCUUCAUUCUCUAUGUCAUUGCUUCCAUCCGAUCUAGCUCGGCAGGCGAACAAGGACCGCUUCGAGGUCGAACUCGAGUUCCUGCAAUGCCUAGCCUCUCCAAACUACUUGUACGAACUAGCUUCCAAGGGUUACCUGGACGAUCCAAAGUUCAUCAACUACCUCGACUACCUGUCUUAUUGGCGACGACCUGAUUAUGCGCAGUUCAUCAAUUACCCGACGGCGUUGCACCACCUGUCCUUACUAUCCUCUUCCCCCUCGUUCCGCCAAGCGCUGAAGAGCUACCAGUUUGUGGAUGAUAUGCAAAAGCAAGAGUUACUCGGGUGGGAUAGCAGUUUCGGAACGAGGUUCAGAGAGGAAGACCAUGUCGUGACGGAAGCCGACAAGGAGAAGAAAAUCGGAGAAGAAGUGAAGAGCGGCACCGUCGGACCUGCAUCGAUAUCCGCCAGCUGACACUCAAAUGGAGCACUUUCGAGUCUGGCCCAACACCUGUUGUAUCGUAUACCAUACCCGCUUC